UCAAAGAGGCUGUCAUGGAUUUACGUUUGCGCCAAGUUUUCUUCGGCAGUUUUUGCAUGGUAACAUUGCUUCAAGUGGCUUGUAGUAUAAGCUUCACAGGGGACAUACCAGACCGUACAAUAAAGGCCAAACUAGAUGACGAUGUCGCUCUGGGCUGGAGCUUCUCAUACAACGAUUUGGGAGGCAAUCCAGGUGGCCCAUUUGGUGCUCCAGACGUGUAUGAAAUCAGCUUUGGUAUUUAUAAAUCUAUACAUGGCGAAACUUUCUUGAGCGAGAAACUUGUUGUUGUCGAUAGUAGUGGAAAGUUUAGUGUGCAAGAUGGAUUUGAUAGAAAAAUGGAUUGGAGCCACUCAAAAUACAAAUUAACAUUCAUUCUGAAAAACAUUGCUAUCCAAGAUCAGGCAAUGUACGGAGUAAAUGUUGAGCUUGGCUUGAGUCAGCUGCCGCUCAAGGAUUCUGUGAUUGUUAUCAUACCAGGACUCUCGUACGUGGUUCAAAAUGGCAGCUCGAUUGUCCGUAAAGAGUCAGCCUACAUGAUGGAACCUUUUGAACUAUCGUUUACAAGAUCAGACCACGACCGAACUGCUGACCGUUUUAAGUACACACUCAAAAAAGAUAACACAACCAUUUUCAUUAUUGGAAAGAACAGAGAAGAUAACAAAUUCAGUUGCUCUCAUUAUGUUUCUCAAAAACCUACACCCUGUUCUGAUGAUUCCUUCUCAGUGAACGAAACUUACGUUUCUUUCAAACUAAGAAAUGUUACCCUUCAAGAUGCUGGUCGAUACCUCUGUAUAAAGUAUUCAUCUGGGCUCUACAAUACAACAUUCGAGGAAAUCGAUCUUAAUGUACUAGAGAGACCAACCGUAACUCCCAGCGCAAAGAGUAGUUAUUCUGGUAAACCAAAUUCAACACAGGCUACAACAGUUACAACCAGUACAGUUUCUAAAGGUAGCACAAACCAUGUCAUCAUCGCAGGAGCAGUUUCUGCUGCAAUCGUAGUUGUCAUUCUGAUUGUUCUUUUAGUAGUUUUCAGGGCGCAGAUAUUAAGAUUGUAUCAUUCUGCAUGUACUAGAACACGGCGUGACUCAUCCUAAAUAAACUUUACAAAUUGAAUGUCUUGUAUAUGUAGUCAGAAUAAAUAUUUCUUUUUAAGGAAAAUGCAAAUGCUGUUAUACA